CGUCUCUGAGGCGAGCCGAGGCCAUGGGAGCAGCACUGGCGAGAGCGGCUCAGUGGACUGCUGCUGGCUCUGGAACUGGCACACUCGAAAUCACCCCCUUGAACGAAUCUCUUUUAAACCAAAUUAUCAAGUUUGCGGAGGACUUCAGCAGCAGACAUCCUCAGGAAGCGGCGUUUGUCUUCAGAGAGCCCCUUGAGUGGAAAACGCGCUUGGGCCGUUCCGGGUUUGGAGAGGGUUAUGAGAUCGAUGGAGCAACUGUUCAGUCUGAAGCCAAAGAUAAAGAUGGCCAACCAUUGCUUCUCCUCAUGGCAUCAACCCUGAGAGUUCGCAGUUUUGACCAGCUGUCCCGUAUACUACAAACCGCUACAGAAAAAAAGCUAAAGGAAGCACAGGCAUGCCUUGAAGCUAACAGAGAUCCUAUAGUAAAAAUUCUCGGCCCUGAAUAUGGGACUGUCGAAGGAGAAGAUAUGUCCAUGUUACAUUUACUUGACAAAGUGAAAAAAGAUGAUGACCCUGAAACAGAGAUGAAAAUGAAAAUCAAUCUUCUUCUUCAUCAGCUGGAUUUGCAACUGCUUAAUAGUGCUCUAAAACACAUUUCACAAGAUGUAAGACUAAGUCCAGCUGCUGUAAAUAAUGAAGUGAAUCUCCUCAAGAAUGUCUCUGGGAAAGGAGAAGAUACAGUACUGGAAUCACUGGAAUAUACAUCAGAUUACACGUUCUCUAAUGGAUGCCGAGCUCCUCCCUGGAGGCAAGUGCAUGGAGAAAUUUGUUAUUUAGUCAUCAAACCACACGACACCGAUCCUUUGUCUGUCACUUGCAGCACAGCAGGAGUGUUUUUAAAUGGAGGUCAGCUAAAGGCUAAAGAUGACAUUGACUAUGAAAGAAAAAGUGAUGUAUAUAAAGAUAUUGUGACAUUUUUAAGGGAGAAAUCAGAUAGAUUUGUAGAAAAUAUGGCUAAACAGGAAUAUAAUUUUUUUAAUGAACCAGCGUAUCAGAAGAAUUAUCAGCAUAUGGAAGUAGUUGAUGCUAAGGUCUCUGGCCAAUCCCAGAACCUUUAUGAUGUUACAGAAAAGGAUUAUUUUAGUGACAAGGCCACAAAAAAAGAUGCUGAAGAAGAAGGAGGAAGUAAUAGUAUGUCUCUGAAAAUCAAAAAGAAAGCCCAUGGCAUUGGUUCUGAAUCUGUUAAAAUACAACCAGCUUCAAAAUGUAAAACCUCAGGCAGGUUUGAAGACGUCAGUGAAAGUUCCUCGGACACUGAGGAAGAUGAAGAACAACCUGUACGUCAUCAGGAAGGAAUCACCGAUUUGCCAUCAGAAUACUGGGGAAUUCAGAAACUUGCAAAAUAUUUAAAGAGAGCUAAUCCAACAGCUACUGUAAUCGCAUUGUGUUCAAUGAGAGAUUUCAAUCUGGCUCAAGAAACUUGUCAGCUGGCCAUCAGAGACGUUGGAUGUCUUGAAGUGUUAAUUAAUUUACUUGAUACAGAAGAAAUUAAAUGUCAGAUUGGUUCAUUAAAAAUCCUGAAGGAAAUUAGUCAAAAUACACAGAUCAGACAUGCAAUUGCAGAUCUGGGAGGCUUACAGAUCAUGGUGAAAAUAUUGGACUCUCCAGAUAAAGAUCUGAAAUGUUUGGCAGCUGAAACAAUUGCUAAUGUUGCUAGAUUUAAAGGAGCACGAAGGACAGUAAGGCAACAUGGAGGAAUCAAGAAAUUGGUUGGGCUGUUGGAAAGUAUUUCAGUGGGAUCAACUGGUCCAACACUACACCAAGCAAAAGAUACUGAAAUAGCACGCUGUGGGGCUUUGGCACUCUGGAGCUGCAGCAAAAGCACCAAAAAUAAAGAAGCAAUCCGUAAAGCUGGUGGCAUUCCAUUAUUAGCUAGAUGGCUCAGAUGUUCACAUAUGAACAUCUUAACCCCAGUAGUGGGGACGCUACAAGAAUGUGCCUCAGAGCCAAGUUACAGACUUGCAAUAAGGACAGAAGGAAUGAUUGAGAACCUUGUGAAAUAUCUGAGUAGUGAGGAUGAGGAGCUUCAGAUGCAUUGUGCAAGUGCCAUAUUUAAGUGUGCAGAAGAUAAAGAAACACGUGACCUGAUCAGACAGUAUGGAGGUCUACAACCACUAUCUGUUCUGCUUGGUAACUCUGAAAACAAACAACUUUUAUCAGCUGUGACAGGAGCAAUCUGGAAAUGUGCAAUCAGUGGAGAAAAUGUGUCAAAAUUUCGGGAAUAUAAAGCCGUAGAAGCUUUGGUAGGACUGCUUACUGAUCAGCCUGAAGAAGUCCUUGUAAAUAUCGUUGGAGCACUGGGAGAAUGUUGCCAAGAGCCAGUAAAUCGAACAAUUAUCCGAAAAUGUGAUGGAAUACCACUUCUGGUGAAGUUACUUACUGGAACUGAUCAGGCACUACUUGUGAAUGUCACCAAAGCAGUGGGAGCUUGUGCAACAGAACCUGAAAAUAUGAUGAUAAUUGACCGUCUAGAUGGAGUUCGUUUGUUAUGGUCAUUGUUGAAAAACCCUAAUCCAGAUGUUCAAGCAAGUGCAGCUUGGGCUAUUUGUCCUUGCAUUAAAAAUGCUAAGGAUUCCGGGGAAAUGGUUCGAUCCUUUGUUGGUGGCUUGGAACUGGUAGUCAAUUUGCUAAAAUCGAAGAAUAAAGAAGUUUUAGCAAGUGUAUGUGCAGCCAUUACAAAUAUAGCUAAAGAUGAAGAAAAUUUAGCUGUUAUAACAGAUCAUGGAGUCGUCCCUCUGUUAUCCAAACUAGCAAACACAAGCAAUGAUAAACUAAGACGUCACUUAGCAGAGGCUGUUUCCCACUGUUGCCUGUGGGGGAGCAAUAGAGUUGCCUUUGGAGAGACCAAGGCUGUAGCUCCUUUAGUACGUUACUUGAAGUCAAAUGAUCCAUCAGUUCAUAGAGCUACAGCUCAAGCAUUAUAUCAACUUUCAGAGGAUCCUAACAACUGUAUCACGAUGCAUGAAAAUGGAGCAGUGAAGCUCCUGCUGGCUAUGGUAGGCUCUACAGAUGAAACUCUGCAGGAGGCAGCAGCUGGUUGCAUAGCAAACAUUCGCAGAUUGGCUCUGGCAGCAGAAAAAGCGAAGUAUGGCUGA